AGACUAAAUCCACGUCUUAAAUCCAAAUUUCUAUGCUUUCACUUUCAAUUCAAAAAAAAAAAAAAAAAAAAAAAAACCAUAAAAAUCUUGUUUUUUUUUUCUUUUAUAAGAAAAAUCUUUUUACAUUUGGCAGCCAUCAAACGUUGAUCAUUCUAAAGCUGUCACCUUUUUCCUUUUAGUAAAUAUCCAAACUUUGACCGGCGUUGCUACAAUGGCGGCUGUUGCUUCUCGUUGUCUUCCAGACCACACCGUACACUAGAAUGAAACCUUCCCUUAUCUUCUUCUCUUUUACUUUUCAAUUCAUUUCAUUAUAAAUACAAACACAAUUUCUUCUCAACAUUUCAUCAUUCAAUUCGCUUACGGAUAAACAAGAAAACAUGGCCGGUAGAUUCGCUAUUGUUCUGGGUUUUGCUCUGUUUUUAUUCCUUGAAUAUUCCGCCGCUCAGACUGUUUACACCGUCGGUGACUCCGCUGGCUGGACAGUACCUGCAAACGGCGUCGCUUUCUAUGAAUCCUGGGCUGCCGGAAAAACUUUCCAUGUCGGUGAUUCUCUCGUUUUCAAUUUCAGGACGGGUAUGGAUGAAGUGUCGAGAGUUACGAAAAUGGGGUUUGAUAUAUGCAGUGACGACAAUGAAAUUGGAGACUCCAUUGAAACGGGGCCUGCAACCAUUCCUUUAUUAUCUCCGGGCGAGUACUAUUUCAUCAGCUCUGAGGAUAGGCACUGCCAACAAGGUCAAAAAUUAGCCAUUAAUGUCACCGCCGCCCCUGGACCUCGGUCUCCGCCCUCUUCCAGCGUUCCUCCACGAACCCCAGCUCCAGGACGAGCUCCGGUGACCCAUGUCGUCGGUGACACCUUUGGGUGGGGGAUUCCUCAGGGCGGCGCCAUGUUCUACGCCAACUGGACUGCCGGAAAAAGAUUCAUCGUUGGCGAUUCUCUAGUGUUCAAUUUCAGAACCCGCGAAGAUGAUUUAGUCAGAGUAACGAAACAAUCGUUCGAUUUAUGUAACGAUGACGGUGAGAUCGGUGACGAUAUCGACCAUGGGCCAGCAACCAUCCCGCUGUUAACUCCCGGCGAGUAUUACUUCAUAAGCAAUGAGGAUGGGCACUGCCAGCAAGGUCAGAAGUUAGCGAUCAACGUCACAGCUGCCGCCCCCGGACCAAUGACUCCACCUUCUUCAAAUCCUCCACCUUCUACCCCACGCCCUGCCCCCGUCACCCAUAUCGUCGGAGGCUCCGUAGGCUGGACCAUUCCACCAGGCGGCGCCGCUUUCUACGUCAACUGGACUGCCGGCAAGACAUUCGCCGUCGGUGAUUCUCUAGUGUUCAACUUCCAAACCGAUGUACACGACGUUGAGAGAGUACCGAAACUAUCCUUUGACAUAUGUAGCGAUGACAACGAGAUCGGAGACACCAUUGAAUCAGGCCCAGCAACAGUCGUUCUCACUACUCCCGGCGAACAUUACUACAUCAGUGGUGAGAAUCAAGAUUGUGAACUCGGCCAAAAAUUAGCCAUCAAUGUAGUCGCCUCCAGAUCCACCGGUCCUGUUACAUCUAUUUCAACCCCUCCAACCUCCGGACCAACCCCUGGCGGUUCCGGCCGCGGACUACCGAACUCCUCUGGGAACACCAUCGCCGCCGCUCUCUCCGCCACAGUCUUUGGCCUUGUUCUGAGCUUCUUCUAAUUAAUUAAUUAAUACGUUUCUUUUUUGUUUUGUUAAAAUCAUGUUUUUCUUUUUCCUUUUCGUUUUCUGUUGUUAUUAUUUGAGUGGGGUUCUCAUGUUCUUGGAUUUCUACUUUGUCAUUUCAUUAUUUCUAUACAUACUUAUAUAAAUAAAUAAAUAAAUACAUGAAUAAUUUAAUUUACAUUUCA